UGUGCGGCACAGACCUCUCUCUCUCUCUCUCUGGCAUGGCUGUUCAACGAUUGUUUGUGCUGUUGCUGGCGCUCGUUUCGACGGGCUGUGCUCAAUAUCAACGCAAAAUCGGAGGUCUGAGACUAUUCUCAUGCAAUCGAGAGGUUCGGGCAAAGCCACUUAAUCUAACUGCCAUGUCGGGCUAUUGGUAUGAGGCAGCUCGCGUGCCUAAUAUGGAUGUUAUGAAGUGCCUGAAUGUCUCCGUGCCACCAACUGCGGAUAUAAAACUCAAGCUGUAUUUGGAAUACAUUAGCACAAUCCAUGAGGAAAUUCGAGCUGUCAAACAGACGGUGUCGUUUCCUUGGAAUAAUUUCACAAAGAACAGCAUAUUUCAGUUAAAUUAUAGAGCCAGGAAAAUGAACGUCACCGUCACCUACAAAGUGGUCUAUAGCGAUCCUCAGCUCAUGACUAUACUCUGUGGCUACUCGAGCAUUUCGCCUAUGCCACUCUUCAAGCUGCUGACGCGUCAGCGAAAGUUAGAUCAAAAUAUCAUCGACAUAAUUCAGGCGGAUGCCGAUAAGAUGGGCAUCGGCUCACAGAUAAUCUGGACAGAGCAGUCACCGGAUCGAUGCAAUGCUGCAGAUCACUUCACAGGAGAAGUUUCAACAAUAUUUCUAAUGAUUUUUCUACUGAGUUUGUUCAAGUGGAAUUAGUGUAUCAAAAGUUUCGAAUAUAUUGUAUAUUAUUACUACUACUACUAAUACUAUUAAUUAUGUUCUGAGUACUACUGCUGCUGUUACUACUGCUACAGCUCGUAGCAGUAGUAGCAACAACAGUAGAACUGAGCGUAGAAGUAAUAGUAUUAGUACUAGUUGCACGAAUAAUUAAUUGUUAACGGAGUUCGAAUCGCAUCAGUUGAAAGCCUCGCAAACAAAUCAAAUUUUCCGAAAUUGAAAUUUUCAAAAUAUAUUCUUUAGUUGUAAAAUAUAUUUAAGGAAAAACUGAACUUUCUUGUUAUCUUAAAUUGCAAAAUAUAAUAAUCGCAGCUCUCUACUAUACUAUACUA